GGGCGCUGAGGCGGGGAGAGCGGGGUCGCCACGCUGGGGGUGGGCGCCGCCCCCCCCGCGGGGGGGUGGGCGCAGGUCCCGGCUGGGGGGGCCCCGCUCCGAGCGCGGCGGCCACCAUGGUGAGGCCCCCGCGCCGCUGCCCCCGCGCCCCCCCGGCCGCCGCCGCCGCCUGCCCCCCGGCGCCGCUGCUCCGCCCGCUGUCGCGCCUCCAACUCCAGAGCCGAGCCCCGUGAGGAAAGAUGAGCGAGGACGCGGCGACUGCUGACAACGAUAAUAGUUAUGCACGAGUGCGAGCUGUGGUGAUGACCCGGGAUGACUCAAGUGGUGGAUGGUUACCACUUGGAGGGAGUGGACUAAGCUGUGUCACUGUUUUCAAAGUCCCUCACCAGGAAGAGAAUGGCUGUGCUGACUUUUUUAUCCGUGGAGAGCGACUCAGGGACAAACUGGUGGUUUUGGAAUGUAUGCUUAAAAAAGACCUUAUUUACAAUAAGGUCACUCCAACAUUUCACCACUGGAAGAUUGAUGACAAGAAAUUUGGCCUUACCUUUCAAAGUCCUGCUGAUGCAAGGGCUUUUGAUAGAGGCAUUCGAAGAGCUAUAGAGGAUAUUUCUCAAGGUUGCCCAGCAUUAAAAAAUGAUGCUGAAGAAACUGAAGAUGAUUUACAAGCAACUGAAGAGGAUACUUCCAGUUCUCUAGUGAAAGAUCACAUUUUUCAGCAAGAGACAGUUGUUACCAGUGAGCAUUAUAGAAGCUUAAGACCUUCUCCCUUUGAGGAUCUGAAUGCCAGAAGAGCAUAUUUGCAAAGCCAGGCCAAUCAGAUAACAUUCAGUCAUCCAGGCCUAGACAUUCAGGGCAGGAAUAUAGAAUAUGCACAACGGCAAAUAUCCAAGGAAUGUGGAAGCCUAAAGUCCCAAAAUAGGGUCCCAUUGAAAUCAAUCCGGCAUGUCAGCUUUCAAGAUGAGGAUGAGAUUGUCAGAAUAAACCCUCGAGAUAUCUUAAUACGUCGCUAUGCAGACUAUAGACAUCCUGACAUGUGGAAAAAUGAUUUGGAGAGAGAUGAUACUGACUCCAAUAUUCAGUUUUCUAAACCAGACAGUAAAAAACCAGACUAUCUGUACUCUUGUGGAGAUGAUACUAAGUUAAAUUCAUUCAAAGACCCUGUGGUAUUUAAGACACAGCCUCCCUCAUUAAAAUCUAAGUCGAAAAGAAGAAAAGAAGACGGUGAACGUUCUCGCUGCGUAUACUGCCAGGAAAGGUUUAAUCAUGAAGAAAAUGGCAGAGGAAAAUGUCAGGAUGCACCAGACCCUAUUAAAAGAUGCAUAUAUCAAGUUAGCUGCAUGCUCUGUGCAGAGAGCAUGUUGUAUCAUUGUAUGUCAGACUCAGAGGGAGAUUUUUCUGAUCCCUGUUCAUGUGACACUAGCGAUGACAAGUUCUGCUUACGAUGGUUAGCUCUAGUAGCUUUGUCUUUCAUUGUACCAUGUAUGUGCUGCUACGUCCCUUUAAGAAUGUGCCAUCGUGGUGGCGAGGCAUGUGGGUGCUGUGGUGGGAAACAUAAAGCUGCUGGAUGAAAGGAUCCAGUGCCAAAAUGAGUUUAAAAUCUUUGUUUCCAGGAAUUAGCUUACUUGGAUUGUGGAAGCUUUUGGCAAGCACUAUGAAAUCUUGCCUGGUAUCAUUGGGGCCACACGUGGAGGAAGCGGAACUCAUCAGUUCUUGGCAUUUCACAAAUGCUAGCCAUGCCUAACUUUUACCCUUAAGUGCAUGGCGUGUUUUGUUGCAGGUCGUAGAGUAUUUGCAAAAGGAAACCAUUUCUGGCCAUUGGCUAUUAAAAAUGGGCAUAAAAUAUGAACCAACUAAAAGGGAUUAAUUUUUGACAGUUUUGUAUAUUUAUGCGUUAGGUGAUGGGACUUUUAAAGAUUUGAAUUCAUUAGGACAUCAGCUGUAAGUGCACUAGGGGACAGUUGAUUUCAAUCUAAGAAAAGUUAACUUUGGGAAUUAUAACAAGUAAAACAAGUGCAACUAAAUCAUUUAUUAGUUGUUUUUGAAAGCAGUUUUAUGUAUAAAUAACAAAUGUUUAUAUUUAACUAAAUAUAAGUAAGGUACGAAUUAUUACAUAUUAAACUUUUCUUCCCCUUCCUAGUUCUGAAGUAGAUGUACAUAUAUCUACUGUCACAUUCCAUUAUAUUUUGAAUGUUUUACUCAUCUAGUUAAUAACAUUUAUAUUCCACGUGAAUGAUUUGAUACUUUCAUUCUCAUUUCCCUUUGGCUACAGUUUAUAUUGAGUUAUAGCUGUACAUUCUGGUAAUCUGAAAUCCUUAAAAAUAUUCUAAUAGCCUUGAGUGACCAACUUUUUUUUAAAGCACAGAUGUAAUUGUCUAAUGUUCUGAUGGGAACGUAACACUUAUUUUUAUAUAAAAAGAGACUGAGUAAACAGAAAAAUGUGAGGUUUUGGGGUUGUUGGUUUUGUGUGUGUGCGUGCGCGCGUGUGUGUGGUAUCCAACCAGCAAGUUGUUUUCUUUCAGAGUUUCCUCCUUCAAAAAAAAUCAUACUGCAUUUACAAAUGUUUUUACAAGGCAAAAUGUAUAACUGGAUGGUUAGUAUAAAAGUUUCCUCCUGAGAUCUCCAUUUAUCAUUGUGCUAAACCAGAAUAUGUUCAGCUGUGUUACUAAUAUUUUAGCUUAAUCUUUAAUGCUUAUUAAUAUGAAUAAUAACUUUUCUCAGUUGCAUUUUAUUACAUUUAAACUGGCCAAAACCAAAAUUAUUUUAUGCUAAAAUGUAUGUUAGAGUAUCCCAGGAAAAUAUUUAAUCCAACAUGGUGAAUGAAAUAGCUGUACAUGUAAAUUUAUUUCUUUCGCAGAGGCAUUGUGUUACUGGAUGUUCAUUUACAAGGUAGUUAGAUAAAUGUCCCAACAGAUUGUUUUAAAGAACUUUGAGAUCAAAUUGUCUUUUUUUAUUUCUUCUAAGUGUUACAUUAAAACUCUAACCAAGUUCCAUGUUCUUUAAGAACAUUCCCUUAGAGGGAUAAAGUUAAGAAGUGUGCCUUUUUUUAAUGGCUUGAAGUUUCAGAGGUGAUGAAAAUUAGAGUCACACUACCAUUUGAAGCUCAUUUUCUAUGCAGGCUUUAAAAUAUCAUUUAUGUAUCAUUCUUUUAACAUAUCAUACUUAAACUUGUGUUAGCUUUCUUCUUUUGCCCCCAGAUCAAACUGAACAAUGUAUAUAACACUAUCUGUCUGUAAAAUACUUUUUUUUAAGAAAGCAUUUAUAUUUAUAUGACAGCUUGAACUGACAACAUUAUGUAUAUAGAUCAUCUUGAAGUAUUAUUUCACAUUGAAAAGAAGAAAAAUAUAUUGAUAACUAUAGAUGUUAUGAAGAAGAGGUUAUUUCUAGUUUUGUACUAAAAAUCAAUUGGAUGAACUAAAUCCAAACAUGACACUGUAGCAGCAAUUUUAAGUCUUAUUUUUACUGUUUAUAUACUUGGACGCUGCUACACCAGAUGAUCUUCAUCCCUGAAGUUAUCAACUAAACUUGGUUUCCUAGAAUAGACUGUUAACUUUCAAAAUUACUUUUUAUUGGUGAAGUGGAAAUACUGGUUUUCCUUGUGAAUGACUUUUCGUAUUUGUAAGUGUUGAGUUUAUAAUUCAGGUUUGAGCAAGGUGUGAAUAACUGAAGAAAAUAACUUGCUGGCUUUAUAGGAAAAUGCUGUGGAAAUGAACUGUGUAUAUACUUCUGGGAAGAACAAAUUUAAUCAUUUCUUCUGUUAAGCACUAAUCAGUAUAGUGCAACUCCUGGUUCUGUACUGUAUUUUAUAUGCAACAUAUAUGCUUUAAUAUUUUAAUGUUUGUGCAUUAAUAUUUUCAAUUUGUUUAACCACUUUGCUGCUAAGAAUUUGCCAUCCCCAUUUUUUCCUUUACAAUUUUAAACAAGUUUCUUCAUUAAAGAUGAUGGUGAUGAAAUGGUUUUUAUUUUACCUUGGAUCUUUAUAGCUAACACAGCCAGUUUCCAAAUCAGUCUAGAAGACUGACAGAUAAUAUGUUACCUGAAUCCCUAUGUAGAAAUUUUCUCUUGCAUAAAUGAGAGUCUGUAUGUGAAAAACCAAUGGGUUUAAAUUUCCAAUUCUUAAACAUGUGUAUAGGUACAUUCAGAAACACUUUCUUGUUCUGAAUAUAAACUUGGCACUGCCAAUUUGCUUUUCCUCUAAAACCUUUCUCUUUGUUUUUAAUCUGGUAAUAUAAGCAAAUCGCUGAACAAAACCGAUCAGUAAUUGCUUUAAAUUUUGAAAAUGAAAUCAUCUAGAUUACAUGACAAGAAAGAGACUGAUUUGGUCUGAUAGCUUGUGUUCAGAAUUGAUAAUGAUAUUUUUUCCUGCCUUGAAGGGGGAAAUCACUUGAUUUCUGAAGAAAUAUGAGGUGUGGAACUUCAGCACCACCUUCUGGAUGAUUUAUGGGCCUGAGAUUUGAGAUGGUAAUUGGGUCCGACAGGGUUCACCACCACGGCCAGUAAAGGGCUUUUUAAGUGGCGACCACCUUCAAAUUGAGAAAACAGGAAUAAGAAGUAUCUCAAAGGAACUGUAAAAUGAAUCUUUACCCUAAUGUGUCUUGGUCAUUGAAAGAUUUUAAGCACUUUUUUCUUACAUAACCUGUUUUAAAAUAUUUGUUGAUAUUUGGAACUGGCAAUCAAACUUAAUGGAUGUGCUAGAGCAUUUAGUGCUAAAGCAUUUAUAGAACCAAUUCUUUUAAUUCACAAAACCCAUUACCAAAAUGGUAUUAUUUUUCCUCCCAUUACCAGAGAGAAUUUUUUAAAAAAAUAAACGUCACCUGUAUUUCAUCAUAACAACUUCAGAAAGAGUGUGUUUGUAUGUCUCUGGGAUGAUUGUUGAAACAGGAGUUAAAAGGGGGAAAUCUCGAAACUACCUAUUUUCAUUGGUUAUUCAGCAGUGCCUAGAACUUUGGAAGUAAUACAGAUAAUACUUCAUAAUUCAUGUGUAUAAUGCCAUCUUAGGUAAGUCUUUUACUUUUCUUUCCCACCCCUCAAUUGAACACAAAUGUUCCUUUUGUUAAAAUUUAGUUAUUUCACUUUGGAAUGAAUGUGUGCUUAUGCUUGGGUUUCUAAACUUUAGCCCAAAGAUACAUUAAGCAAGCAUUACUUUUUUAUUUAAAACAUUAAAAACUUGAGUUACUUGGGAAACAAAUUUCUUCAUUAAAAAUUCUCAUUUUAAUUUCUACGAAUCACAUUUCUAAGUAUAAGGAAGAAACACUAGAAACUUGCAUUAUUGCACUAAAAAAAAUUGGUCUAUAAACCACAAUAUUAUCACCAUAAGGUGUUUUGCAAUGAGUCAAACACACAGAAAGGAAAUUACAACCUGAGGUGAUGAAUAUAAACCAAAAAAAGGGCUUUAAGGUAUAAGGUACUUUUUGCCUAGCAGCCAGGUGGUUAUAAAACUUUCAUAUGCUUUGAUAGACUUGAUAAAUGUUACCCAUUGUCCUCGAAAGCUCCUUAAAUUGCGUAAGUUGCUAGUUUUUAAAUUUUUCAAGAAUAAUCUAGUUGGAAAACCUUUGUAUUAAAGAUAAACAUAGAUUUUUGUGAACAUUGCCAGUGUGUAGUGUCAUUUGCUUUCUAUUCUUGACCUCGAAAGUGCCUCACUUGUAUAUAAUUUCCAUUAGAAGCUUGACUGCAUUCUUUCUAAUAAGCAAUGAAAAAUUGUUUAACUCAUGUCACAAUGUAUCUCCUAAGUAGUUUACUAGCUUGAUAGUUUGGGUAUUUAAUGUAAAUAUGCAUAUAUAUAUAAGUUUGUAACUGUUUUUGUUACAUCAUACCCAUGUAAUUGGACAUAUCAAAUGAUAUAAGAAUUUGUUUUAAUUACCUGAUUAAACCUAUCAUGAAAUAUAAAAGGACUUUUUCUUACUCUUAUAAAGCAUAACAUACUAUCAUAUAAGAGAUACUAAAGGAGAAGGCUGUAGUAAAAAGAAAACUUGAUCAUAAUUUUUAAGGUAUAUUUUUAACUGAAAGAUCAUGUGUAGUUCAUCUUAAUGACUUAUUUAUUCAUCUUUGUAUCCAAGUUUUUAUAGUCUUGUUACCUAAUUCAGUAUAUUUGUUGGUUUGGGAACAAUAAAUUACAGCUAAGUCUGGUUUAACCCCUUAAAUUAAAGAUGUGAAAUUUUUACUCCAAGGCUACUACUGAAUUUUUUGUGCCCAAGUAAGUUUCAGAGUUUUGUUUAGAUUAUAAACUAAAAAAAAUUUUUAGAAUAAUAUUUUAAAACAUCAGUGUAUUUCAACACCAGAAUAACUUUUUACUGUAUUACUACAUUAUAUUUAUUUGAAAAAUCAGGAAUUAGUCAUUUAUACCUUUACCAUGAAUGAAUUGUAGUCUCACGUGCUUAUUUACAGGUUUUCAGCAACAUGCUUUAUAUUCUUCACAUCAAGUUAAUAUUAACAAGUAAGUAGAAUAGUUUUUACAUCAAAGAAUUUGAAACUAGUGUUCCUACUUGACUGUUAAUAUAGUGUCAAGCACACAGUAGUCCUUAAAGUAAAAAAUAUUGUUAUUAAUACAAAAACUGGGGUCAUUUCCUUUGAAAUUUAACUGCUCUUAAGAUUUGCAGUUUAGAUAUAUCCUUGAAAUGAUGGUUCAAAAAAUAUAUUCAUAAUAAAAGUCUAACAAAAUUUUAGUUGAAAUG